UUACACGAUCAUCCAUUGCACUUAACGAUCAUGAAUUCAAAUGUUAUUGACAAUUUGUUUAGAUGCUAUUUAACAUGAUAAUUAAUUCUCAACAUUUCGACCUUAAAUCUGGACGAGCAACACUGUCGAACUAAAAUAUAGACACCUUACUAUAAGCAUUGCCAAACUAGAAUUUCCCUUUGAGACAACUCCUUGGUAUGGAACCCAGUGGUGCAGCUGAUUCCUUGGACAAGGAAGAAGUAUCCCCGGAGAAAGUAGAAAGAGUUAGGGAGUUCAUGUCAACCCUUCCCGCAGAGAAUGGGUGGAGAGCCUUCCAGCCUCUUUGCUUAUAUCAAGGCUUUUGGAGCUUCCCUCAUUUCCUGGAAGGCAUCAUAUUAGCUCAGCAGCAUUUCAAGCCUAAACCAGGUGAUAUCUUUGUUUGCAGUGCCCCCAAAAGCGGCACAACUUGGCUCAAGGCUGUGACUUUUGUUGUGACUCGAAAGCUUUUUGAUAAUUCCAGCAGCCCUUUGCUCACCAAGGGUCCCCAUCACUGUGUGCCAACCUUUGUGGGUUUCGGGCAGAAGGCGGAUAUACGUGAGCCGGGAGUCCCACUCAUAGCCACCAAUGCUCCCUACCCUUCCUUGCCAAAAUCUGUCUUGGAUUGUUCUUCUGAUCAUUGUAAGAUUGUUUACAUCUGUAGAGAACCAAAGGAUGCAUUCGUUUCCAUGUUUCAUUUCGCAGCCAAGCGGAGACCCAAAGAAAUCGAACCCAUUUCCCUGGAGGAGGCUUUUCAUCUCUUCUGUGAAGGGAAGUCUGUUUUUGGACCCUGUUGGGACCAUAUUUUAGAGUACUGGAAAGCUAGCCAGGAACGGCCAGACAAGGUAAUGUUCCUGAAAUAUGAAGACAUGUUAAACGAUUCUGUGUUGUAUGUAAAAAAACUAGCAGAGUUUAUGGGCUACCCUUUUAGCUCGGACGAAGAACAAUUUGGGGCAGUACAGAAAAUAGUAGACUUGUGCAGUUUCGAGAAUCUGAGCAAUCUGGAGAUAAACAAGACAGGAAAGCGCCACGCGGAUGAUGGUGAGGCAACAAACAAAAGUUUCUUUAGGAAAGGAAAGGUUGGAGAUUGGCAGAACUGUCUUACUCCUGAGAUGGCGCGUCUGGACAAGAUACUGGAGCAGAAACUGAGUGGAUCCGGUUUGACUUUCGAACUUCAAUGUGGCUCCUGAGCAUCAGCCAAAGCCAUAUCAUCUAGCUACGCAUGCGGUAGUCAUUCAAGGUUUUAGUGUUAAUCAUGCAUAAUAAUUGUCGGUUGCAGUUGAACUAAGCCUGUAACCGUAAGUGUGUUGCUGGGAUUUUUUUCAGCUUAUUGUUGAAACAUCUAAGUUUGUGUAAGUUUUAUUGCCAAUUAA